ACUAUUAUUAAUUUGAAAAGAAAUUAUGAAUUCACAUUUAAUGAAAUUGACAAUUAUUUGGGUUGCAAUAUAUUUUAUGUUUGUAACAAUUAUUUACGCGUUAUUAUGUUAUUUGUAUUUUAGUAAAAAUUGUCAAAGUCCGUUAACAAAUAAUUUUCAAAAUCCGUCAACGAAUAAUUCUCAAAGUCCGUCAACAAAUAAUUCUGAAGUAUUGAAUGAAGAUCAUCUUGCAGAAAGAAGUUUAGAAUCUACUGAAGGAUUAGUUACAAUAAAAAAAGAAAAUGUGGGUGUAGAUGAAGAAGAUUCAGAAAGUAUUUUAAAAACUCGUCGGGAGACAAUAUUAAAUAAUAUAUUAAGUGCUUUUAAAUUUAAAAAACCUACUUCAACAACGGCGGUUAAUAAUUUAAUCAUGGGCUCUAAAAAUCUUGAUAAUUAUCUGGAGAAAAAAGUCGGGCUUGGAAAUUGGACAGCUGAUAUGAUUGACAGAGAAGAAAUAAUUAAUUUGUGCGAUACUUCGUUUAUUUUAUUACAAUUUUAUGCAGCUGACAAAGAUAUUGAUUAUAAAAAUACUGUUAAAAAUGUAAUUGAUAAAAUUAGAAACAAAAUGGACGACUUGGAGUUCGACAAAAUGGCCAGCUGGUUUUAUUGGACGGACUUUGCGUGUAGGUUUGUGAUCUUGUUGCUUGCUUAUGAAUUUUUGGUUAGCUACGAAUCAGGCAAUUUAGUUUAUCGGGAAUUAAUUAAUCAGUUGAUUCCCACAGCAAAACCUGAUGAAUGGAAGGAAAUGGAUUAUAAAAGAAUUAUUCAUUUUCUUGGGCCUAAGUUGGUGAUUAAUUAUUAUUAUGAAUCUGACUUGUACGGAUAUGAUGAUUUUGAUAAAAUUUUUAGAAUUUUAAAAAAUAAAUUUGAAGAAGUUGAAAGCAAGAAUUUGAAGAGUGAGGUUUAUAAUUAUGAUCUUUUGUUUCAAAUUUAUAAAUGUUUUGAUUUAAAUUGA